AUGUCUCGUUAUCGUUCUUUGAAUCCCUUCGCAACAACUCACUCGGAUUCCGGUUCCGGUUCCGAUUCCGACGUUGACUCACUGAGUCAAUUCGUCACCGAUCUCUUCGAAAAUCGUUCCCCCGCCGAUCCGGUUUGUCCCUGGGAUGACAACGAUGAUGAGGAUGAUGAUGAAAGAGACAUAAACCCGUUCUCUGAUUUUGCUUGCGAUCGAGAUGAACCAGAAUUAGAAUUAGGGUUAGAUUUAGGGUUUGGAGAUGAAAUUGAAACUCGGUAUAACGAUAAUUACGAUGAUGUUUUUGGUUUUUCAGUGAGUGGUGGUAAUUCCACUCGGGUUAGGGUUAUUGGAUUUGGUUCUGAUUCGGAAUCGAGUGGGCACGGUGAAGAAUUUGGUUAUGAGGGAAGAAACGAUGAGGAUGGUGAUGAGAGGGUUAGUGGAUUGUUUUGGGAUAGUCUUUGUUUGGAGGAUCAUAGGAGUAUUUUGAAUGAUUGGGAGGAAGUGGUUGAGGAGAGGGUGAAUGAGGUUGAAGAUUCUUCUGGUAUGUUGAUUGGUGAAGUUGAGGUUGAGGUUGAGGUUGAUGAUCGAUCAGUGACGUCUGGGUUCGAGGAGGAAAUAGAGGAGGAACAAGGGGAAGAGGCGCUGCGGUAUUUGGAAUGGGAGAUUCUAUUGGCUUUUAACAAUUUAGAGAGGAGUGGUGGAUUGGAACACGACGACGAGAAUAUUAAUAAUUUGUAUUUAGCUGUUCAGGAAGGUUUUAUUUCGGGAAAUGCUGAUUAUGAUAUUCUUUUCAGUCAGUUAUUGGAGAACGAGAGUGGUGUGAAGGGUAGUCCACCGGCCGCGAAGAGUUUUGUGGAGAAUCUCCCUUUGGUGAAAUUGACCGAGGAGGAGUUGGAAAAGAAGGAUGUUAUGUGUGCCAUUUGUAAAGAUGAGGUGAUGGCGGGAGAGAAGGUGAGGAAGCUACCUUGCUCACAUUGUUACCACGGAGAUUGUAUUUUGCCGUGGUUGAAUAUUCGCAACACGUGUCCUGUUUGUCGGUUCGAGUUGCCUACUGAUGAUGCUGAUUACGAGCAAAAUAAGGUUCAAAGAACUGCCCGUGAUCUGUUGGAUUUUGCAGGAUAG